AUGAAACUCAAAAGAUUUUUACUCAGAUAUUAUCCCCCAGGUAUCAUUUUAGAAUAUAUUCGUUCUAAUGGAGAAAUGGAAAAUAAAUCUAUUGAUUUAUUAAAUUUAUCUCAAGAAACAGAUGUAGAUUAAUUAGUAAAUGAAAUAGUUUUAGAAGAACCAAUAAUAACACCAAAUAGAAAACCUUAAUUAAAAGCCUUGAUUUAAACUCAUGUUCUUCCUUUAACAAAUUGUGCAUUUAAUAAAAAUGGCGAUAAAUUUAUAACCGGUUCAUAUGAUAGAACUUGUAAAAUUUGGGACACAGAAACCGGUGAAGAGUUCUUUACUUUAGAAGGUCAUAAAAAUGUUGUAUAUUGUAUAGCAUUUAAUAAUCCUUUUGGUGAUAAAGUAGCUACAGGUUCAUUUGACAAAACCGCAAAAAUAUGGGAUGCAAUUAAUGGAAAAUUAAUAAAUACUUUAGUUGGUCAUUAAUAUGAAAUAGUAUGUUUAGCUUUUGAUCCUUAAGCAUAACUUUUAGCAACAGGUUCUAUGGACUAAACCGCCAGAUUAUGGGACGUAGAUACUGGCCGUGAAAUAUUUGUAUUAAAAGGACAUACAGGCGAAAUAGUAUCAUUAAAUUUCAACGCUGAUGGUGAUAAAUUAUUAACCGGAUCAUUUGAUAGAACAGCCAUAGUAUGGGACAUUAGAACAGGUUAAUCUAUUCAUGUUUUAGAUGAACAUACAGGAGAAAUAUCAAGUACUUAAUUUGAAUUUACAGGAGAGUUUUGCGCCACUGGUUCCAUUGAUAGAACUUGCAAAAUAUGGGACAUAGCAACUGGGAAGUGUGUAGAAACUUUAAGAGGACACGUCGAUGAGGUACUAGAUAUUGCCUUCAAUUCGACAGGGACUAGAUUAGUUACAGCAAGUGCGGAUGGAACUGCGAGAGUUUAUAAUAUUAAUAAUGGAGCUUGUAUUGGAAUUUUAACUGGGCACGAAGGGGAAAUUUCUAAAGUCUCGUUUAAUCCUUAAGGGACAAAAAUUAUUACGGCAGGACUGGAUUGUACAGUGAGAAUUUGGAGUGCUGAAACUUGCGAAUAAUUAUAGGUUUUGGAAGGACAUACAGAUGAAAUUUUCUCAUGCUCAUUUAAUUAUGAAGGAGAUAUUAUUAUUACAGGAUCUAAAGAUAAUACAUGUAAAAUAUGGAAAGAUUUAUAGACUGAUUGA